UACCUUUAUAACUAGAGACAUAAACAAAGUGAUUGAAGAUGUGAACAAAACGCUAUGAUGAUGACCUUGGCCAGUAGUGGAGAUGGUUAGAUUGACUUCCAAGACAAGGGAAAUCAAUUCUAUAACCAAAACAGGACAUACCCUUUUCAUAUUUUUGUGUGAAACUUUCUUUCUUUGUUUCUUCAAUGGUGCUUGAAUGAUCAUCUUUUAAUAUGCCAAAUUUCAGUCAAGCUCUCUCAGCCAUGGCACCCUUUUGCAGAUUCUUGCUCUUCGUAGUCUUCGUCGCUUUGAUUAGCUUCAAAGCUCAGUUUGUUUCUUGUGUUACUGACUCUAAUGAUGCUGCGGCGCUCCAAUCGUUGAAGGAUUCAUGGCAAAAUAUACCUCCAAGCUGGAAAAACUCAGAUGACCCUUGUGGAGCCUGGGACGGAGUUAAGUGUAUCGAUUCAAGGGUGACUCAAUUGGGAUUAUCAACCAUGGGCCUGGCAGGGAAACUGAGUGGAGACAUUGGAGGGCUUACAGAAUUGAAAUCCUUGGACCUGUCAUUUAACAAAGACCUAACAGGUUCGCUCUCUCCGCGGAUAGGAGAUCUCCUGAAUCUGAAUAUUCUAAUCUUAGCCGGCUGCAGUUUCACCGGUGACAUUCCUGAUGAAAUAGGCAAUUUGGGAGAGCUUUCUUUCUUGGCUCUGAACUCGAACAACUUCAGCGGUACAGUUCCUCCUUCUUUAGGUAAACUCUCCAAUCUUUACUGGCUCGACUUGGCAGACAAUCAGUUGACAGGAUCAAUCCCAGUUUCGACACCCAACUCUCCAGGAUUGGAUCAGCUUAAAAAUGCUAAACACUUCCAUUUUAACAAGAACCAGCUUUCCGGAACCAUUUCCCCUCAACUUUUCAGCUCUGACAUGGAACUGAUACAUGUAUUAUUUGAUGGAAAUCAACUUACCGGGACCAUCCCCAGCACAUUAGGACUUGUUCAGACUCUUGAGGUUCUCCGGCUUGAUAGAAAUGAUCUCUCAGGAGAGGUACCGUCAAGUCUCAAUAACCUUUCAAGCGUCAAUGAAUUGAAUUUAGCUCACAACAAUCUAACAGGCCCUAUUCCAAACUUCGGUCAACUGAAUUCCCUCAAUUAUGUGGAUCUUAGCAACAAUUCUUUUGAUCCAUCAGAAGCUCCACUUUGGUUCUCAACCUUAACAUCACUCACCACUUUGAUUGUCGAACAUGGGUCACUUCAAGGGACUGUUCCACAGAAAAUCUUCAGUUUUCAGCAAAUACAACAAGUGAAACUGAGGAACAACUCUUUUAAUGACACAUUGAACCUAGGAGACACCAUUGGUCCAGAUUUGCAGCUUGUUGAUUUUCAGAACAACAAAAUCUCUAAACUAACAGUGGAUUCAGGAUAUAAAAACUAUACAUUAAUACUUGUAGGGAAUCCUGUAUGCUCCUCAGAUCUCUCAAAUAUGAACUACUGCCAGGUUCAGCAACAAACUGCAAAACCAUAUUCGACCAGCCUGGCUAAUUGUGGAGGCAGAUCAUGUCCGCCAGAUCAGAGGCUCAGCCCUCAGAGCUGUGAAUGUGCCUAUCCAUUUGAAGGGACAAUGUAUUUCAGAGGACCCUCCUUUAGGGAAUUGUCCAAUGUGAGCCUGUUUCAUGAAUUAGAGAUGAGCAUGUGGGUGAAAAUGGAGCUCAAUCCUGGUUCAGUCUUUCUUCAGAAUCCCUUCUUCAAUACCGAUGACUACCUUCAAGUGCAGCUUGCACUCUUUCCGUCUACCGGAAAGUACUUUAACAGGUCAGAAAUUCAGAGGAUAGGAUUUCAGUUCAGUAAUCAAACCUACAAGCCUCCCAAGGAGUUCGGUCCCUACUAUUUCAUCGCCAAUCCUUAUCCUUUUCCAGAGUCACAUAAAGGAGCUUCUCUUAGCACUGGUGUGAUCGCUGGCAUAGCAAGUGGAGGUGCCCUUCUGGUUCUAGGCCUUCUGGGAAUCGGGAUAUACGCUUUCCUGCAAAAGAAACGUGCAGAAAGAGCCAUCGGAAUGAGUAAACCAUUUGCAUCCUGGGCACCCAGUGGCAAAGACAGUGGAGGUGCACCACAGUUGAAGGGAGCAAGAUGGUUCUCUUAUGAUGAACUUAAAAAAUGCACCAGUAAUUUCUCCGAAAGCAAUGAGAUAGGGUCCGGAGGCUACGGCAAGGUCUAUAGAGGAAUGCUUUCUGAUGGACAAGUAGUGGCAAUCAAAAGAGCUCAGCAAGGAUCAAUGCAGGGAGGGCUUGAGUUCAAGACUGAAAUCGAAUUGCUUUCGCGCGUUCAUCAUAAGAAUCUCGUUGGCCUUGUCGGUUUCUGUUUCGAACAAGGAGAACAGAUGCUAGUUUAUGAAUUUCUCCCCAAUGGAACUCUUAGGGAAAGCUUGUCAGGGAGAUCCGGCAUUCAUCUUGAUUGGAAACGAAGACUUCGCAUCGCUCUUGGCUCAGCGAGAGGACUGGCUUACCUACAUGAGCUUGCAAAUCCUCCUAUCAUCCACAGAGAUAUCAAGUCCACCAAUAUUCUGUUGGAUGAAAAUUUAACAGCUAAGGUUGCAGAUUUCGGCUUGUCUAAGCUUGUAUCAGACAGUGCAAAAGGACAUGUUUCAACUCAAGUUAAAGGCACACUGGGUUAUCUCGAUCCUGAAUAUUACAUGACUCAACAGCUAACUGAGAAGAGUGAUGUGUAUAGUUUUGGAGUGGUUAUGCUAGAACUUGUAUCGGCUAGGCAACCGAUAGAGAAGGGAAAGUACAUUGUCCGUGAAGUUCGAAUGAUGAUGGAUAAGAGUGAUGAAGAGCAUUAUGGAUUGAAGGAGAUAAUGGAUCCAACCAUUAGAAACACAGGACUUAUAGGUUUUAGAAGGUUUCUGGAUUUGGCAAUGCAAUGUGUUGAAGAAUCAGCUGCAGAUCGUCCGACGAUGAGUGAGGUGGUUAAGGCAAUCGAAACCCUUUUACAGAAUGAUGGAUUGAACACAAACUCAACUUCAGCAUCAUCAUCUGCAACAGAUUUUAACUCUACAAAAGGUGUUAUUAGACAAAUUUAUGGCGAAAACUUGCCGAAAAAGGAUGUCAAUGACAGUGAUCAUGCCUUUGAUUACAGUGGCGGAUAUACACUUUCUGCAAAAGUUGAACCCAAGUAACACACAAGUCUCAAGCUGAUCUUCCUCUUUUCAUUUAAUUUUUUAUCUUUAGAUAUUUUGUCUUCGUUACGAAAAUGUUGUAUGUUUACAUUGAUUGUUUUUCCAGAGCAACAAGUUCUGUCGCUGUUAGAUAUCAAAUCAAAUUCAUAUAGUUUACUCAAUCCUGUCAUGCUAAAGUUAGGAUUAUUUAGCGAAAAGAGUGACUUGUUAAUUGUCUCAGAUUGUGACUAUGCUUAGAAGAAGAAAGAGAAUAAGACUAUAUUAUUUUUCUA